AGGGAAGGUAAUCUCUUUCGAAAAGCUGUUUGUUUUCAUAGUGCUAGCACAUUUUGAAUAAGGUACAAGAUCUAGCAUAUGUCAGUUUUCUGAUCUGUUAUUUGGAAUGGAUCAAUUCAUGAAUGCGCUAGGGCCUCAGCCUAGUACUAGAAUGAUGAACCCAGGCCAGGUCCCCGGUCAGCCUAUGAUAGGACCACCAAUUGACAGAGAACGUAUAUAUGCAUGGAUCAAUGAGCUGACCAAUCCUGAAACAAGGGAGAAUGCACUUUUAGAACUGAGCAAAAAACGAGAAGUGGUUCCUGACCUUGCUCCAAUGUUGUGGCACUCAUUUGGCACCAUAGCAGCAUUGAUGCAGGAAAUAGUCAACAUUUAUGCUGCUAUCAAUCCACCAAUAUUGACCGCCUCUCAGUCAAAUCGUGUUUGCAAUGCUCUUGCCCUUCUUCAGUGUGUUGCUUCACAUCCAGAAACUAGGUCUUCAUUUUUGCAAGCACACAUUCCGCUGUUUUUGUACCCAUUCUUGCACACUGUCAGCAAGACACGACCUUUUGAGUAUCUCCGUCUGACCAGCCUGGGUGUUAUAGGAGCUUUAGUCAAGACAGAUGAGCAAGAUGUCAUUAACUUUCUACUGAAUACCGAGAUCAUUCCACUGUGCCUUCGAAUCAUGGAGUCUGGCAGUGAACUCUCAAAAACAGUGGCUACAUUUAUCUUACAAAAGAUACUUCUGGAUGAGACAGGUCUGGCAUACAUCUGCCAGACAUAUGAAAGAUUUUCACAUGUGGCCAUGAUCUUGGGUAAGAUGGUACUUCAUCUGUCUAAAGAACCUUCAGCCAGACUACUGAAACAUGUCGUACGGUGCUACCUGCGUCUUUCUGACAAUCCAAGAGCAAGAGAAGCCUUGCGACAGUGUUUGCCUGAUCAGCUGAAGGACUCCACUUUCAACAACACACUGAAAGAUGAUGCUUCUACUAAACGUUGGCUAAUGCAGCUGCAACAGAAUCUUGAGGCUCCUCUAGUCCCUGAUCCUCGUGGCAUGCCUGCUCACAGUUAAUGGACUAAGAUGUGGCUCUUGUUUACAUGACGGACCGAUCAAAGAUGCUCACUGCAUUCUGACAGGACAGCAGUGCCCCCUGAAAGAAGUAUCAUUGGUGGUGUACAACUACUCAGUGCCAAGCAAAGCUUGACAUUUCCAGCUAAUCACUCUGUGUAAAGGGUGCACCAUUAGUAACCACAUGAAACCUGUGUGGCUGUGGCUGGUUGUCUUGAAGAUAAAGAGAAACUGUAAUUCUGGUUUGGUAAUCAAGUCAAAGUGACUUGGAAUUAUGGCUUUAAAUAUAAAAUUGACUGUAAAACGCACAUUUAUGGCAGUACACAUUAGGUGUGCGUGUGUGUAUGUGUUCAAGAGUUUUUAGAGAGAGAGCUGAGGGAUUAUCCUUUCUAGAGGGCCUUGAAAACUGAACAGUUCUUUUUCUUUUGAAGAAAAUUGCUGUGAGGCAUGACUGCUGAUGUAUUGAAAUAUGUUUAUGAAACUGCAAUCUCAUGUUUGCACAAAUACUAAGAACAUGUCAUAUUUACUGAACAUUUGGCUUGUGUCCUGUGAUUCUGAUACUCAUACCUUUUGCAGCAUCACAAAGCCGAAAUUCUGAUUGUGAUCUCAUAUGCGCAAGUUCUCUUAACCAAAUGGUCACUACUCAAACUAUGUUUGCCUUGUAUAUGAUGAAAAAAUGUGUCUGUUAGAUGCACUACAAUGACUGUAAUCAAAAUUGCAGAUGACAUUUUUGUGGAAUUCAGAAACAGUGGCCAUAACCUUUCAAGGUAACCAGAAAAUAAAAUUAUGUUUUUGACAUUUGUUA